AUGAUCGCAGCGUCUGACUCUCUUUCUCUUAUUCUCGUAGGCACGAUCGAAACAGACCCGAGGCUUGUCAGUGAAGGGCGGUCUCGCCACGGUCGCGCGAUUCAACUUCUCCGAACUGAGCUUGAGCACACCUCCCCGUCAUGCGAUGAUGCUGUCCUCGGCACUGUAGACAUGCUUGCCAUGUGUCAGCUUUGGGCGCCUAUAUCGUCGAACGACUGGAGGACUCACGUUCGCGGACUUUGCACCUUACUCAGCCUUCUGGGUCCUCGCAGUUGCAAUACACCUUUUCAAGCGUCCUUGCUGCACUAUUUUCGCCAAGUUGAUGUUUGCGAGGUCUAUACAGAGUCGAAGGCGCUCCAUCUUCGGCGAAGGUGCUUGGAUCGCUGCAGCAGAGACGCUGGUUCAGGGUGGUCUUGCCGAUCUCGCCAACCUUGCGAUGCCUAUUCCUGCGGCAUUAGAGGCUGCGGAGUCUGUUGCUGCGUCAAGCAAAACUUCGCAAGAAGCAACCGCUGCCAUGAAUCGACUCAUGGCUCUCGACGGGGAGUUAAGCAGCUGGCUUUUCUCAUGCUACGUGCAGAAACCAUAGAGAGUCCGACUUCGCUCUGGAACGUGUCGCCAUUCAGUCGUUACCAGGGUACAUACGAUUCAGUUAAGGACGUCUUUACACCUGUCUUCGACUGGCCUGCCAAGGCUGCAGGUAUUGCGCACCCCUAUUACUGGUCCUGUUUGCUCCUUGUACGCUACGCUCUAGUCAAUGUUGGCCGUCACGAGAAGCUGCAAACUUUCGACGCUCCGUGGUUCGUACAGCGAGCUUACGAAGCUGCGGACUCUAGAUAUCAGGUCUUGCCUUACUUUCUGCAGGUCUUCAGCGAUAGCGUGGGAGGCGUAUUCUUCAUUGGCGGUCCUUUGAGGAUAGCUACUGACUUUCAAAUGGAGCAAGGCUGCCAACGUGAGAUAAGGAAGCUAGAGUGGUGUGGGGUGGGGGAUGAUGAGGUGGAGAGCGGUCGUCUCAAGUUCACGGUUUCGCAUCGCCUGCCGCUGUUCUUCCGCGCGUUCGCUGGGAUGAUGGCGGUGCAAUAA